AUGGAGCAGCGAGCUACUACCCAGCAGCAAACGGGAAGCCCCCACGGUACUGCGAAGCUCUCCAACCAUUCACCUGCCGAUGCGCACGAUUGGAGCGGAGAUGAGCACUCCAGCGACGACGACGCCAACGACAGGAGCCAGAGCGGCACGUCGAACAAGAGAAAGAGACCUCUGUCCGUAAGCUGUGAAACAUGCAAGCAGCGCAAAGUCAAAUGCGACAGGGGCGCGCCUGCGUGUUCGUGGUGCUUGAAGAACCACUCGGCAUGCGUUUACCUUCCUCGCAAGAAGCCAGGUCUCCGAGCGGGAUACGGCCGCGAACUCGAGUCGCGACUUGACAAGCUCGAAGCCCUCCUUGUGCAGCAGCAGUCGCAGAUCAAUCAUCUUUCCAACAACCAAGUCACUGCUUCUGGUCCCUCUCCGCAAGAGGUAGCUGCCUUUCGAAGCCCGCCCGUCAUACAAACGCCCCACAUCCCUCGUCCCGAGACGGCUCUCUUCAUUCAGAAGCCCACCUUUCCCUCGCAGAACGCGAUACAGAGUCAAUAUGGAAAUGGCGUCACGGAUAGCAGGCGAACCCCCUCGAUUACAGAGAAUGGCUAUCAGCACGAGGAUAUGGGCGGUGUGGGAAGCCGCCUCUCAAGAGACGCAUACACAUCGUACAACGACCCAUUCCUCCCCACCAUAUCAAGAACUCUGGGCCAAUCCGAUGCCGACUUCCCACCUUAUGAUCUUUUGUACGGACUAGUCGACUUGUUCUUCAAGCACAUCAACACAUGGUGUCCAAUUCUCCACAGACAGACUACACUAAACUCUCUAUUCGGGGAUGCGGCGCUCGAGGAAGCAGACAGAAUCAUUCUGCAUGCAGUCGUCGCGACGACUGUCAAGUUUUCCACGGACCCGCGUCUAACCGCGGAAAAGCGCGCGCGGUACCACAAGAGUUCAAAGGAGAAGGUUUUGCUCUUUGGAAUCGAAAACAGUUCGGUCAAAUCGUUGCAGGCUCUUGUCAUUCUUGCACUGGACGUUGUUGGCUGCUCCAAUGGACCCCCAGGUUGGAACCUACUCGCUCUCAUUACCCGGUCUGUGGUGCAGCUGGGUCUAUCGGUGGAGAGUUACUCACCAACCGUCGCUCCCCAGUUCGCAUCAAUCUACACACUGAGGGCCAUGACACUGCCCGAGCCGAAAGAUUGGAUAGAGGAAGAGAGCCGACGCAGGCUCUUCUGGAUGAUAUAUGUCCUCGAUCGAUAUGCAACUGUUGCGACCGCAUUUGAGUUUGCACUAGACGAGAAGGAAAUUGAUCGCCGACUGCCUUGCCGCGACGACCUGUAUGCACGCAAUGUCCCCGUAGAGACCAGGUGGUUCCAAACCUCGACAAGGUCAGAUUACAGCAUGAACCGGCCGGAAAACUUGGGCUCCUUUUCAUACUAUGUGGAAAUCCUGGGAAUCCUCACACGGAUACACAAGUUCCUCAAGAAGCCAGUAGAUAUCACGUCGUUGUCAGACGUCGAGUCCUGGCAAGGCGAAUAUCGGGAGCUUGACAAUGCCAUUGAGGAGUGGAAGUACAACCUGCCCCAGGAGUUUGGCAAUGCGGCAAGAUUAUUCGCAAAACCAGGAAUGGGUCACAGUCUAGACAGUGGCUUGGUCAUGCUUCAUGCAGCAUUCCAUACCACCGUGAUCCGUCUGCACUCGUCCGCUGCCUACCCCACCCAUCGAUCGCCAAUAUUCACCCCGUCUUUCAGCGCCAGUCAGAGGUGCCUCAGCGCCGUCGAGAACAUUACCACUCUAUGCGCUACUGUACGCGACAAUGGCCUACUGAGUAAACUCGGCCCACCCUUUGCGUUUUCUCUUUGGGUCGCUGCGCGUGUUCUCCUCGUCCAUGGGUCGACGAUUGAUCACCGUGUCGACCAGUCGAUCAACCUCCUCGUCAGCACUCUACGAGAGAUGGGCCAGUAUUGGGAGGUUGGCACUCGCUACGCAAGCCUACUUGCCCGCGUUCUCUCCGAGUACCAGGAGAGCCAGCAAAGCCCCACAGGCGCGAACGGUGAACGCGUGACACCAUCAACAGUCAAGAUCUUGGCAGACAUGCGUCGAUGCGCCUUUGAUCUUGACUUUCUCAUCUCCCGACAGCCCAAACUCAACAGCACCCAAAAUCUAAAGAUAUCAUCCGUUACACCAGCUCGUACGCCAGCACAGAACGAGUUGGAGUAUCUUGACGUCUUUGACUUUUUCAACAUGCCUAGGUUGCCGGUGACAGUAGAUGGUCCUACGAGCUACGCUGCCCCUGACGGCAACAUGCAGAUCUCAGACGGUGGUUUUGGAAAUGAGUCGAACAUCACAAAUUACAUGGUUGAUGCGAGCUCAGACUGGUUCAUGAAGCAGACUGCCUGA